AUGGAAGCCGGAGCAGCCGGAGUGCUCUAUGCAGCCGAGAAUCUUCUCGAGGGAGCUGUCGCCCUCGUCAAGGGCAUAACUCAUCCGACACUGCCUAUCAAGGCAAAUCUCACACGUAUAUCAUCCGUUCCACUCCGUCGCUCGCAUCACACAGUCUCGGUCGUCAAAGGCCGCGCAUACAUUUUUGGGGGAGAGACCGAGGCCGGCAAGCUCGCAGACAAUGAUAUGCACGUUGUCAUUCUACCGUCGAGCGGCGUUCUCGAUGCCGAUUACACCAAGUAUCCGGCUCGUGCGGCAAACGGCCUAGACGAUGUACCGAACUCGAGAAAGGGACACACGGCUGCGGUGAUAGGGGAUAGCAUAUACAUGUUUGGCGGCGAAGGAGAGGGUGUAGCAAACGAGAAGGGGCGGGUUUGGGUUUACGACACGAUAUCAAAUACUUGGUCUUACCUCGAUCCAGCCAAGGACACGCUCUUUCCCAGCCAGCGAACUGGUCAUGCUUCAGCGAGCUCAGACCUCCCCAGUCCGAAGACGACGACGUAUGUUGAAAAGGCGCCGCAAGCACCUGCCGACCCUGCAAAACAUGUUCCUGAACCGCCGGAAGCAAACUCGUAUGGGACUAUCUUUGUGGUUGGAGGUCGCGAUACUUCGAGCAACGACCUUGCGAACGAUGCGCUUGCGUUUGAUGUCAAGACGCGAACAUGGACCAACAUACCUACUCCAUCAGGUCAGCCACGAGAAGGCGCGAGCUUGGCACUCAUUGGCAGUCGCUUGUAUCGAUUUGGUGGCAAGGGCAUUGAGACGUUUGCCUCGGGUGCAACAGAGUACGUAGACGCAUCACAUGUGUGGACGCAUGCAGAACGCGGGACUACACCGGUCGCGAGCGGCUGGAGCUGGGAAGAAGUGAAGCACAGAGAUAGCCAAGGUAGCACCGCUAUAGCACCACAGGCGCGAGCAGACGCAGGACUUGUCGGUGUCACCACAGGCCAAGGGCGACACUAUCUGUUAGCUGUUGGUGGAGAGACUGAGGAUGGGAGUUACCUCGACGACAUAUGGGCGUUGCAACUUGCACCUGAACGCUCCACAGCCGCUGCAGCUAAAGACACCAUCCGCGCGGGCAUAAAGAGGGAUACACAUGAGUCGCAGUGGGCCGAGGUGGUAUAUCGGUACGUAGACACAAAGGGCGAAGAAGAGAGGGAGAUACCGGGGGAACCAAAGAGAGGUCUCGGAGCAAGAGGUCACUUCGCUAUCGCCAAGGGCACAGAGGUUGAUGGAGCGACAUGUGUAGUGUGGGGCGGUGUUGACACGAACGGUAGUGUCUUGGACGAUGGUUGGAUGAUUACUGUUGACAGAUGA